GUGGGAGGUGGCAGGAUCCCCAUCUUACAGGGGUGGAAACUAAGGCCCAGCGGAGCCGCAGGGCUUGUCAGCAAAAGCUGGCCUCCAGGCUUUGGGUGGAGAAUCCCGAGAAGCCCCUCAUUCGCUCUCACGCGAGCCUAAGCCCUGGGAGAUCGGGGGCCGAUCACCCGGAGAUGAAGCACCCGGGAGGAAGGCGGCGGGCCGGGCCGGGGGCGGAGCAGGCCAGCCCAGAGCAUGUUCCAGAUCUCAGAGUUUGAGCACAGCGAGCAGGAAGACUCCGGCCCUGCAGAUCGGGGCCUGUGCCCCAGCCCCCCGGGGGCGCGGCUGGGCAACCACCGCAGCACGGCCCCAGAGCUCCUGUGGGAAGCUGGGCACCAGCACGGGCAGCCGGCCGGUAGCAGCCACCAUGGAGGCGCUGGGGCUGUGGAGAUCCGGAGCCGCCACAGCUCGUACCCGACCGCGUCCGAGGAGGAGGACGGGCUGGACGAGGAGGAGCUCAGCCCCUUCCGGGCCCGCUCGCGCUCGGCGCCCCCCAACCUGUGGGCCGCGCAGCGGUAUGGCCGCGAGCUCCGGAGGAUGAGCGACGAGUUCCAGGGAUCCUUCAAGGGACUUCCCCGCCCGAAGAGCGCGGGCACCGCCAUGCAGAUGCUCCAGAGCCCCACCAGCUGGACACGCACCUUCCAGUCCUGGUGGCACCGCAACGUGGGGAAAGGAGGCCCCGCCCCCUCGCAGUGACCUUCCGCCCGGAGUUCCCAGCUCUGUCGGCGCCAUGUCUGUUGCGGGCGGAAGUGCCUCCCGCAGAAAGAGCGAGAGGAUCGGCUCCCCCUUUCCGGAAGAAGGCGUGCGGGCCCAGCGCCCGGCCCUUCCGGCGUCUGCGAGGACCCGGGAGGGCCGGGGCCCCUUGGGAAGUUUUGAAAAUUCCCCGCUUCUCGCGCCGGAAGUGGCGGGCCGCCCCCGCCCGCGGGAACCCUGCCCUCCCCGGGGACGCCGCGGGCCGGAGCGCGCCCGCCCGCCCGCAGCUACGUGCGAAUAAAGCCCGUGUGUGUGCCGC